AUGGGCAGCAAAUCGGCAGCGAUAAUUCUUCUAGCGGGAGCAAUUUGUUGCACGCUGCUGCCAACACCGACACGGGCAGCUGACUUUGGCAACUGCGCCAACGAAACGGCCAUCGGGCGGUACAGUUCGGUGGAGGUGUCGAACUGUGCCGAAAGCGAUGCGUCCUGUGUGUUGAAGCGCAACUCGAAUGCUACCAUUUCCAUCACCUUCACUAGCGCCGAAGACUUGUCGGAGCUGAAGGCGGUCGUGCACGGUAUCAUUCUCGGCAUGGAGGUACCGUUCAAGCUACCGAACGAUAAUGGCUGCAAGGAUAGUGGGCUCGACUGUCCGCUCGCGAAGGAUACCAGCUAUCGUUACAGCACCACGCUGCCCGUGCUGAAGCAGUAUCCAAAGGUGUCGGUUGAGGUGAAAUGGGAGCUUAAGGCAGGUGACAAGGAUGUGCUUUGCGUGCUGAUACCGGCCAAAAUACAGUAA